AUGUCUGACGUUCCUUCCAGCAGCGAUCAACCCAGCCUCAGCAGUGAUGGGGGCGAGCCCAGCACAAGCAGAAACAUCGUGCCACAGCAAGUAGGUCUCAGGAUGGGAAGAGCAGUCUUCCUGGCCCAGGACGAGGCAGGCAUUAGGGACAGGUUACCGCAAACCUUGCUACUCCAAGACAAAAACCAGCUGUCAGGGAGUCGCUCGGUGGUGCACUAUCUGCAGCGCCGCGCGGUGGGGGCCCGGGGCCGCCCCAGUCUCCAGGGCAUCCAGAGCCAGCUGCACAGCUAUGCAACAUCGAGGCUGCCAGAGCUGCUGACAGAACGCCGGCUGCACCUGGGCACGGUGGACAAGGUAUUCUCGUCACAGUGGCUGAAUGACCACCAAGUGGUGUGUGGCACCAAGUGCAACACCCUCUUCGUAGUGGAUGUGUACUCCGACCACGUCACUCCCAUCCCCCUGCUGCAGGGCAGGAGGAACACAAGGCUCCGGGUACAGCCUGCCUCUGGCAUCCGAGCAAUCGAGCUGAAUCCCUCCAAGACGCUGCUGGCCACGGGGGGUGAAAACUCCAACAGCCUCGCAGUCUAUCAGCUGCCCAUGCUAGACCCCCUGUGCGUGGGCAACCACCGUGGCCACAGGGACUAUAUCACCUCCAUCGCAUGGAUCAGUGAUGCUGUGGUCGUGAGUGGCUCUUGGGACGGGACCUUAGCAGUAUGGGAAGUGGAUCCUGACAAAUUCAGUGGCUGCACUGCUGGGAACAGUGAGCAAAACCUUCCAGUGUAUGCCCACAUCCGUCCGAGGGACACGGGAGUCUUGCCUAGACUCAGUAGCGACACUGGUAGCUGCAAAGUGCAAGCGUUUGCUUUUAAUAGGAACAGACAAGAGCUGGCAGCAGUGUCCCUGGAUGGCUACUUCCACCUCUGGAAAGCCCAGAGCGCCCUGACCAGGCUGCAGUCUUUUAGGCUGCCCGUUGCCCAAGAAAACACAUGCCUCAGCUACAUAGAGGAAUGUUCCCUGUAUGCGGUUGGCUUCCAGUCACAUGUAUCUUUAUUGGAUCUGCGCCAAGGUCACUUCAAUGCCGGGGUCCGGCCACUGUAUUACGUGCAGUGUGGCAUUGAUGUGUGCUCCAUGAGUGUCCACCAGGAUAUUAUUACCGUGGGCACGGGCCAUGGUUGCCUACUCUUCUUUGACAUCCGCGCACGCAAAUUCCUAGAGGAGAAAUCUCUGACCAACCCAGACUCCUCUCCUGAGCCCACAGGCAGGAAGCUCACACUAUACUGUGACAAAGGCUGGGUCAAUGAAGAUGACCUCUGGAUAAAUGAUUUCCAUGACAUUGAUGACAUUCCUUGUGGAAUAUACACCCACUGCUACAACUGGCCUGAAAUGAAGCUGUUCACAGGAGGAGGGCCUCUCCUUGCACAAGUGCAUGGGAACUACGCAGGACUCUGGAGCUAA